AACACAUCAAGUGCCCAGGUGUGCAUGACUCCAGCUCACUUCGUUAAUAAAAUAGUGAUAAGCCGGCCAGGUAGUGUUCUGGAAAUCUAUAUUUUCCUCGCACCCAAUAUCCAAAGCUCUUUCCGCUCAGGUCAUCAGGUGAAAGCUGAACACAUCUCUCACUGCGUUUUGUAACGUGGACGAUGCCGGCUUUUUGAUCAGUCCGUCAUGGCCAGCCGUACGCUCUUUAUCGAAAGUGAAUCGGGCGACGAUUCUGUUGCAACUGACACCACGGUUGAGAGCGAACAGCUUGACGAAUAUGCCGUGGAAAAGGUGCUCCUCGAGGAACGCCAUCACGAAGACAAUGAGAUGCGAUACUUGAUCAAAUGGGAAGGCUAUCCAUUGAGCGCGGCGACAUGGGAGCCGCUGAGUAACAUCGAAGAUAGGUCAAUUAUCGAGCAAUGGGAAGAACAGAAGGCUGCUAUCGCUCAAGGUUUGGCCGAGCCAUUUGAUCCUGACGAAUUUACACACGCUGUCACAGUCGCUUGUGCGCAAAGAGAUGAUCGCUUGAAGCGAAGGGAGGCUAAGCGAGCCAAGCGCAGAGCUCAAUCCUCUAAUCCGAAACCUGCGCCCAAAUCUAGGAAGAACAACACUUCAGAUGGAGAAGAUUCACUAUCUACCCAGUUCACGAAGGAGAAAGCUUCGCCGGACAGAGCGCUUGAGCGGCCACGCAAGGCGACCAAGCCUACGACUACACCCAUUCGCAAGGGCCAGGCUCGAGUCGUGGCACGACGGCUAGCCAUAUCGUCAGAUGGCUCUAAUUAUAGUGAGUCAGAAGAUGAAGCUCUCAACGAAGACGUACUAGAGGAGCAGUAUGAACAGCAACCUGCGGUGGUAGCUCGAUCCGCUCCAAGGAAAACUGCGCCUACGGCUAACAUGAUGCCUGCCUCGAACGCUGCUGGGACUACAUCAAGUCGAAAGGUAUCAGAGACUCGGGUAAACCCCACUACACGGCCGGAUCUCACUCUCGGUCGAACGACGAGCUCCGCUGAGAUUACACAAAACAAGACGUCGAACUUGAGAGAGUCUGUGCCUCGCAAGCAGCGGCCAAGAGUAAGCGGUGAUACUCCCAAACAGUCGACAGAAGCGCAAUUCAGAAAGCUCUCUCAGAUGGGCCGGUACCAAAAGUAUGGAGCACAGAAUGAACCACCUCCGGAUAUAAGAAAGCUCGUCCUGCUCGACCCAAAGACAGGCAAACCGGAAACGGCCCCUCCAGCUCCUUCCACAGCUCAACAGGUGACCUCACAGGCAUCUUCAAACGUUUACAAUCGUCGAUCGCCACCCCCUAAGCCGGGACGUCGCUCACCUUCGCCGGUUCCACGAGCCCGAAAUGCGAGCGAUGCUGCUUCACGCCCAGUGACUGCCACAAGUGCUACUGCUCUUCCUAAAAGCGCAUAUGUCAAAACGUGUCCUGAGUGGGCUGCCGGUCGAUGUCCAAAUGAUGCAAUCACGUGCACUCGAGCCCACCAUUGGGCAGAUCCACAAAUUCUCGGUGCCAAAAACAUCGCUUGUCAUUUCUGGAGAACGGCAGGCAAAUGCUAUCGGACUGAUCAGGAAUGUGCAUUCGCCCAUCAUGAUACAGGGUACUACGGGCGGCCACCAGGAGCACAUGAUCGCUCGCAAUUAAAGCUACACGCAGCUCCGACGGGGCCAAGAGGGUUCCAUCGCGUGCCCAGAGAAGAGACGACCUGCUUCUAUUGGAAGGAUGGAGGCGGGUGUUUCAAUCCUAAUUGCCGAUUUGCCCAUCGAGACACAGGAUACUACACGAAAAAGCCUGGGACGAUCAGAGAAGUACCAGUGGGAGAUCGAUCUCUUGACGACAGACACAUGUCUCUUCCGAAUACAAUCGCAAACCACUCUCGCAGAUCCUCCCCCGACUCAUGCCGUGAAUGCGGCUCCCGUGCUGGUACACGCGACCCGAUCACUGAUAAUGCGCGGACGGGCACAUCUCGUCUCGACGGUAUCGAUGACGAGCGGAGCCCGAUCGUCAAUGCUUCUGUGCCAAGCAAACAUCCCGACGUCGAUGGCUCAAGGCGGGAUAUGGCUUCUGAAGCCAAUGCGUCACAAAGUGGGAACCGUAGUGGUACAAUGGCCAGGAAAAGCAGCAAUUCAAUUGCUACGGAUUCUCGGCCUCGACGUGCUUCAAGCGUUUCCCUACAACUCUUGAAGGCCACUAUUCACAUCACCCUGGAAGGCGUCUCGGAAGACGUCGAGCUCAAUGUGCACCUCGAGGCUAGUGACCAUGCAUUGCCGUCGUCCUCGGCUACCAUACUGGAAGUCCAGCAUGCAAUCAUGGCCUCUGAUUUCCAGAGCAUUGUCUGGACCAAGGGCACCAAAAUUGCAGAGCAAAGUAGCGGCCGUGUUAUCGCCGAUGCAGACCAUGCCACUUCAGCUCAGUCUGUCGCUGAGUUGUGUAAAUCGACCACAUCGGGUUUGAUAGCAAGGGUCAACAGCGGCAUGCUGAAGAUGUUGAUCUAUCCUUCUACUGCGGAAGAGUGGAAGUUUCUUCCACCAGUCGAGUCUCGACCAGGGUCGACAGAUUCUGCCAUACUUAGCUUUUGUUUGUUCACUCAGAUGCCGGGAUUCGAAGAUCACCUAGCUGCUAACUUAACACAGUUUCAGAACAGAUCAUUCAGAUCCGUCGAAGGCGUGGGUGCUGCAAUAGUAGACCUUGAUGCCGAUCGACUGCUCCUGAAGGAGCACGAUAAACGAAUCGAGGCCGUCUUUCUUAUGCUACCUGCAUCACGACACAUUGAGUUCGAGUUGUUUUCACGAUUCUUCAUCGAGCAAGGCUGUAAGAUUUACCACUCUGGCACAGCGGGUGCUUGGCUGUAUUUUGUCAAAAAAUACCGACGUUCGUGCCUUGUCAUUAUACAUCCCGAAGUGCGUCUGGACAGCAUACCACGGCUGUACGAUCUCAUCGCCCAGCAUGGUGCUGGGCCAAGAUUCUUUUCCGUAGGCGUCAACCGCGAUGCAGCUGCCGUUCUACACGAACGACCUUCUUUUGGAUGUGUCAGAUUGUUCCCCAACGGCCAAGUCAUAUAUCUGACAGACGAGGCGUUACAAUAUCAUCCGAACGAGUCGCGCGACAUCAUCACAUUCAUCAAAAGAGAUAAUGAGCGACCUCUGUCCCACAGCAAGAUCGUCACCCGACCCAACGUCAAAGCUUGGCUGCUGGACCUGAUCGCAUCAACGCAAGACUCCCGAUACGUGGAGCUCUACACCGCGCUCUGCUUCUUCUGUCCCGCCGAGGACCACAAUCCUGACGAUAUGACGAAGACCCUUCCGACCUCAAGUCUGCUCAUGAUCGACGCAUCGACGAUGCCCCGACUCGCAAGUAUGGACGACACCGCACGAUCGGACUACCUCAUAAAUUGGUUUGCCGGCUGGGCGAUGCUACACGCGAGCGUCUGGCGGAUGUUCGUCAUCUGCUACGAGCCCAAGGAGGGCAGCACGCGGAUGGUGCCGGCCAAAACCACCGGGUUUGUUGUCGAGGCCAAUGCGGAUCCAUUUGGUUGGGCGAAGCGUUAUCAGCAUGUGGGAGUGGUGGGCCCGAAACAGCUGCAGGAGAGGUUGGCGAAGAAACAGGAAUCAUCGUUGCUGCAGAGUGUGGUCGGGGAAAUUAAACGUAAGAUGUGAAAGUGUGGAGUGUGUCUUGGGCAAGGUGCAAGUAAACUCAUAUCACGACCAAGAUGGAAAAAGGGGCUUUGCAAAGGCGCAUCGGCGGUCCUGUCACAUCACGAGAAAUUUCACUCCGUAGGAUGCGGGCCAGCCACCAACAAGUUUCUAAAUCAGCAAAGGCGACGCGUGGUUUAUUAUUACUCGCGUCAAGUG